UCAUCAUUUGUCGGAGUUGUUAGUUGAGGCGCUGCGGGGGUUGAGCUACACCAACAUCCCUUUAAUGGCGUCCUCACUAAAUUAAUAUAUAAAUACCAAAAAGUUUCUCCAAUCCAACCCAACAUUUGAUCUCUCUCCUUCUUCUGCGACUCAUCAACAUCCAUGGCGGGAUUCCCCUCUCUCCUCAGGGGCGUGUAUCUUACUCUCUAUAACUGGACUGUCUUCGCAGGAUGGUUACAAGUUCUCUAUUUUGCUGUUACAACGCUCAAAGACGCCGGCCACCAACAUGUCUACAAUGCCGUUCAACGCCCUCUUCAGCUCGCUCAAUCCGCCGCCAUUUUGGAGAUCCUUCACGGACUAGUAGGCCUUGUGAGAUCUCCAAUUACGGCAACCCUGCCCCAGAUAAGUUCAAGAUUGUUCCUGACUUGGGGAAUCCUAUAUAGUUUUCCUGAGAUUCAAAGUCAUGUACUUGUGAGCUCUUUGGUCAUCAGCUGGUCUAUUACAGAGAUUAUACGAUAUUCUUUCUUUGGCAUGAAGGAGGCACUUGGUUUCGCACCUUCGUGGCUCCUGUGGCUCAGAUAUAGCACCUUCAUAUUGUUGUAUCCAAGUGGUAUCACAAGCGAAGUUGGUCUAGUUUAUGCUGCCCUGCCAUACAUCAAGAAAUCCGAGUUGUAUUGUUUAAGGAUGCCAAACAAGUGGAACGGCUCGUUCGAUUAUUUCUAUGCCUCCAUUCUUGUCUUAGCUAUCUAUGUCCCAGGUAGUCCCCACAUGUAUAGUUAUAUGCUUGGGCAGAGGAAGAAAGCUCUCUCAAAGUCCAAGAGGGAGUAAAAGGGCAGCAUAUUUAUAAUGUUUCUCAUAGUUGAUUAGAAUAUUUUUUUUAAUAAGAAUUAGAACGCUCGUAGCCUUUUAUCCUCUAUUAGCAAAUCUGACGUUUUGCAUGUAGCACAUCCAAUAUAUUUGUCUUUGUGAUUUGAUAUAAUGUUGUUUCAAUAGAAUCUAUUACAAAACCGAAGUCUCGUAUUUGUAUACUUUCAAUGAAUGUACAAGGAUUGCAACAACAAAAAAAAAUAGUUAUUCUAUGGAGCUUUUUCUUCA